AGAUUCCAGGGGAAAUAUUACCGUGAUAUGAUCACAAAAAACGUCCUCGCCUGUUUCCUGGUGAGAUCUAUGGGCAUCAAGGCGAUGUCAGACCAUUGUUUUGACCUUCGCCCACUUUUAUAAAAGCCUUGUGUUAUUAGGCUAUAGAGCCUUACCUCAAUCCAUCAUAUUAUUUUUAUAAUAUUUUAAUUUUAAUGAAAGUUCUCUUAUUUUAACUCCGUCAUAAGCCUAUAUAGUCAGAUUUUUAAUCGUAAUUAUGAUAUACUUUCUUCUGAAAAAGACGCAGCAUUAAUGUUUUAAACAACCUACAGUUUGUAGAGGUAUUGGACCUGGAAUGGGUGUAUGAAAAAAGGGUCGAAAGUGCCCCAUAUGGGGUCUCCACCUCUGCUUUACGCACAGCAAUUUCGAUGGUGCACCCGCCGUUUCUGUCCGGCCGCCGAAUGUAUGAGCUCAAGGGGUUCUCACAGACUCGGUGGCGCCAGGUCUUCACACAUUCACAGGAAAUGUAAAGACUUCAAUAACGAGCCAUUAGCCCUAAUCAUUGGAAUCGAUUGGGUGUUAACGUCCCUUUGCAAAUGCAAAUGAGUGUGAGGGCCCGGCCUACAAAUACCCGCUCCUCGGUCCCCACAGGCACAACACGCCACGGUGUCUUCUGUGUGGAGCUUUAUUCCCCGAGUUACACAGUCUACAAACUCUCUGCAAGUAUGGUCAAACACUUCUCCGUCGACUGGAUGGCCCAGAGCAGCACUCCUUCAAAGCGAAUUGACGAGCACAAGGAUUUAACGUCCCCUGUGAUACCUCACGUCCGCUGCAUGGUGCAGCCUCGCCAACCGUCAUCCUAUGGCAAGGAUUAUCUCCAACCCAAACCUAAGUCCUUAAAAACGGCUGAGCGCGCGGAUCCCAACGAUGAUAUCAGCUUGGCUUCACCUGCACGGUCCACAAGCUGUGUUUCACCAAUUUCUGAAAUCAGCGGCUACUCUUCUGGUUACGAGAGCGAGGCCGGCCUGUCAGAGUGUCCCUCUGUGGAGGAGAGCAGCGAGGCCGACCGGGACGGGGCCCUGCAGCGGCGCCUCCGCACCAAGUUCACCCCCGAACAGAUCAACAAACUGGAGAAGAUAUUCAACAAGCACAAAUACCUGGAUGCAGGGGAACGACUAAAGACUGCACAGAAACUUAACCUCUCCGAAACUCAGAUUCGAACCUGGUUCCAGAACAGGAGAAUGAAGCUGAAGCGAGAGGUGCAGGAGGACAUGCGCGCGGAGUACUUUGCGCCUGCGCUGUCGCCCCUGAUACAGUGCCACGACUUCGCCGGACAGCGCUUUCAAUAUCCCCAUCACGCCGGUCUGGCGAUGUACCCCUCGAUGGGCCAACAGCUCCAGGCUCUGACCCCACAGCCCAUCAUCUCUUACCAAGUGCCCUAUCAUAUGGCGGCCACCAACCCACGGUUCUACUAGAACCCGAACUGUGAAUUUAUUAUUCGACGGAAACACUUAGGCUAGGAUACAGGAAUAUAUGUGCAAUGUGAACGUCUUCUUUAUUUUUAUUAUGUCAUUUCAUGUACAGUUGUAAAAUUAUAUAAGCCCAUCUCGAGUAGGCCUACAUGCCCUAAAGAAAUAUAUUUAUAUUUAAAUAAAAAACAUUUUAUUGCAAAAA